AGUUUGCAAAUUUUCAAUUACAAUUGUAUUUAAUGUAUUUGACAUUCAAAAUGCUUUUUAUUUUCUCCGUUUUAAUUUGCAAAUCAUUCUCCCACAGUUCAAUACCAUAUUCCGAUCAGCUCUCUCGGAAUAAACUGAUCUAUGCAGCCAUCUCCGCGUACGCUUCUCCUCCACAAAGUUGCAUGAGCUUGGCGUUUCAAAAUUUUCAAGUCAAACCUCAGAUUACUGUAGCUUGCGACACACUUGAUGAUACAUGUUCUGGAUUUACUGGAGUCGAUCACGAAAGUCAGGCGAUUUUGGUAGCUUUUCGUGGAACUAAUCGUAACGCACAGCUGCUCGUUGAAGCCGUAGAAACUGUGUUUGCAAACAAUAAAUCCUGGGUUUCCGGUGGGCACGUCUCCGAAUACUUCAGCGAUGCGUUUUUCAAAAUAUGGACUUCUGGAAUGAAAGAUGACGUCAUCAGUCUGAUGUCUAGAUACCCAAGUUAUCAAGUUUGGGUCACCGGCCACUCUCUUGGUGGAGCUCUAGCCUCCCUUGCUGCCACAUAUCUCCGAUAUACCAGUCUCGUAUCGGCUGAUCAGCUUCUCCUCGUCACAUUCGGCCAACCACGUACCGGGAACAUGGACUUCGCGACCAGCGUUGACAACCUGGUCCCAAAUGCGUAUCGUGUCACACAUUCUCAUGAUCCCGUACCACACUUGCCUGGACAAGGCCAUCACGGCUACUUUCACCAUAAGUCGGAAGUUUAUUAUAACAAGAACAUGGGUGGUUGGGAGAUUUGUGAAAAGGACGAAUCGGAGAAAUGUUCGAAUGGAAAUCUUGUUGACUUGGAUUUUGAGGACCAUUUCCACUAUUUCAACUUGGAUAUAUUGAAACUCGGAUUCUCAAAUUGUCUCAAUACAACGCCAUCGGGAAUACAAUAAAUGUUUUAUUCAUUUUACAAAUUACGCGAAAAUUACACAAUUUCAACAGUAAUAAUCCAAAAUA